CCUCCCCUCCCCUGCAGAGCAUGUACAGCCCGGGACUCGCUUCGCCGGCUUCGAGGCGGGCGGGCGAGACCCUCCGAGCCGCCAGUCCCGCUCCCGCUGCCCCCCGAGCCGCCCGCGGCUCCCCCCCAGCGCCUCCCGGUGCCCCCGCCGGACUUUUCCCUCCUGCCGAGGAUGAGGCGGCCGACGCGGCGGCUGGCGCUGUCUCUGCUGGGGGUGCUCUGGCUCGCCGCCCUCCUCCUCUUCUUCUUCGGGGCGCGGAGGAAGUUGGAGGCGGCGGAGCCCGAGGGACACACGCCGGAGGAACCAGACGUGGACUGGGACGACCUCUGGGAUCAGUUUGAAGAGCGGAGGUACCUGAGUGCCCGGAGGUGGAAGGGCGGCGAGGACCCGUACCGGCUCCAUGCCUUUAACCAGCGGGAGAGCGAGAGGAUCCCCAGUGACCGCGCUGUCCGCGACACCCGCCAUCACAGGUGUACGACUUUGCACUACAGCCAGGACCUCCCGCCCACCAGCGUGGUCAUCACCUUCCACAACGAGGCCAGGUCCACCCUGCUAAGGACAAUUCGGAGCGUGCUGAACCGCACCCCGGUGCACCUCGUCCAUGAAAUCAUACUCGUGGAUGACUUCAGUGAUGACCCUGAUGACUGCCGUUUGCUGGGCCAGCUCCCCAAGGUGAAGUGCUUGCGGAAUGGACGGCGGGAAGGUCUGAUCCGGUCCCGAAUCCGAGGGGCAGAUGUGGCAAAAGCAGGUGUCCUGACAUUCCUGGACAGUCACUGCGAGGUGAAUAAGGACUGGCUGCUCCCUCUGCUGCAGAGGAUCAAAGAGGAUCCCACCCGAGUGGUCAGUCCUGUUAUUGACAUCAUCAACCUGGACACUUUUGCCUACGUGGCAGCUUCCUCAGACCUCAGAGGAGGUUUUGACUGGAGUCUGCAUUUCAAAUGGGAGCAGCUUUCCCCGGAGCAGAAAGCCAAACGACUUGAUCCCACCGAGCCCAUUAAGACACCCAUCAUUGCUGGGGGGCUGUUUGUGAUCGACAAGGCCUGGUUCAACCACCUGGGGAAGUACGACAGUGCCAUGGACAUCUGGGGUGGGGAGAACUUUGAAAUCUCUUUCCGUGUGUGGAUGUGUGGAGGGAGCCUGGAAAUCAUCCCCUGUAGCCGCGUUGGACACGUCUUUCGGAAGAAACAUCCGUACGUCUUUCCAGAGGGAAAUGCCAAUACAUACAUUAAGAACACCAAGCGCACGGCCGAGGUGUGGAUGGACGAGUUCAAGCAGUACUACUACGCCGCCCGGCCCGCAGCCCAGGGGAGGCCUUUUGGGAACGUCCAGAGCAGAGUGGAGCUGCGGAAGAAGUUGAAAUGUCACAGCUUCAAGUGGUACCUGGAGAACGUUUAUCCUGAACUUCGGAUUCCUGAGGAAUCGCUCUAUCAGACUGGGAUAAUCAGGCAAAGGCAGAGCUGCCUGGAAUCACACAAGUCUGAAGACCAAGAGCUCCCCAUCCUGAGCUUAAAUCCUUGUAACAGCAGCAAGGGCACAGUACCAAAGGCACAGGAAUGGACGUACACGUACAACCACCACGUCCGCCAGCAGCAGCUGUGUUUGUCUGUGUACACCCUCUUCCCUGGUUCCCAGGUGCUGCUGUCACCUUGUAAAGAAGGUGACAACAAGCAGCGCUGGGGCAAGGUCGGGUCCCACAUUGAACACAUAGCUUCACGCUUCUGCUUGGACACGGAGACCAUCGGGGACACGAACGAGAGCAUUAAAGAGCUCGUCAUCAACCCCUGUGAGAGCACAGCCAUGAGCCAGCGCUGGGACAUGGUCAUGUCUUGACCUGCUGCGGGAUGUGCACGGAAGGGACGGCUGAGAUGCACCAGAUGGGGUUCAAAUCCAAACCAUUGGGGGUCCCUGUGCUUUGUGGGACAGGAGGAGAAUCAUUCCAAUAAAAAUGGGACACGGCACUCCAGGUGGAGCAGCGGGUGUUGACCGCCAGGCAUGCAGCUGGUAUUGGCCUGGUGAUGAUCAAGGAGGAGGGAUGGCAGAAAAACAAGUUUGAAAUGUUUUAGAGGGGCACCUGGGCUCCUGCAAUGGGCUGUACAGAACUUCAGCAUGCACAGCAUUGAUUAAUCUCCCUGGAAAUGCAGGUAGAAGAGCCUUCAAUGCCUAAAGGAGACUUGGGCUGGGCAAAACAAGCAUCUCAGUAGUUCUUGUGGGUCGAGGUGGGUGCACAAGGUGGGAUGUGCUAAGGGAUGCGCCAAGGGAUGCUCAGAAACAUCGCCGGAGAUCAAGUGGAAGACACUGAAUUAUUUUUGCACUUUGCUGUGGAUGUUUCUGUCUUCUGCAGACAGCAUGGGUGGAGCUGUGUUGCACAUUUGAAUUGGUACGUGAUCCAUGUCCAUGUUGUGUAUACAGGGGCAGAGCAAUCCUUGAUGGCUGUGGAUCAGAACGGCGAGUGAUGGGGGAAUCCUACUCUGCACUAACUGCACAUGGUGCUUGUUGCAUCUCCAAAGCCCAAGCAAACAGAGGAUUCACUGCGUGAGAUUAAAGGAUAUAAAUUUCUCUCAAGCUGUGAGGAAAGGCAGUAACGUGAUUAUUUCUCCUCUCUGAAGGCCAUGGGUUGCUGAAAACUCCCCUAAAAUUCUGCUAUGGGUCUCUCACUUCUCUGCUUCAGAUCUGGACUAAUUUAAAUAUUUUCACUUUUCUUCCAUAAAAGUAAUAUUUUUGGUAAUUGAAGGUAAUUGUGUCAUAUUUCUGUUUCCCAAUUUCCAAACUACAGAUGAAGGGACUCCCAUAAAGUGCUGCUACUGAUGGAACGGUGAAGGUUUAAUUUUUAAUUAAAUUAGAGACUGCUCCAAGAAAGGAAAAGGGUUAUUACCUGUGCUUGUUUCCCAGUUACCUUGUAGCCCACAAUGUACUGAAGGAAAGGUUUGGGAUUCCCCAUUCAUACCUGCGAGCAGGGCAGCCUGGGCCACGAUGUAACUCUCUCUCAAAGUCACUUGGCAUAGUCAGACCAGGCAGAAAUUAUUUCCUCAGCUUUUGGAGAUAAGUCUUUUACCAGAGAUUGUAUCAGGUGCUGCCACUGUGUGGGAGUGAGGUGACUGCCUGAGGAGAGUAGGACAGACAACCUCAGGAGGGGUCAUAGGAGUAGAAGACUGGAAGGUCCAGCCUGUCUUUCAGGGCAGCUGUCACUACAGCCCCAGGUAACAGGCUGUGCAUCACCAGGAGCUGUGCACACAGCUCUCCUGUAGUAAAGACUGUCAAAGAGACCCUUCACAGGACUGUCAAUGUGACUUGGAAAAAAAAUACACCGUUUCUGUCUAAAAAUGCUAGGAUUCAGUGAAAAUCCUAUCCUUUGUUUCCUGUGCUGCAAACUGCAGGUAAAAUACCAUAAGCUUUAAGUCUUCAAGUGCUCUCAGCAUCCCUUCUUGAAUAAAUUGCUGGCUUUCAGGAUUUUACUGCCUCAGUUUCUCCUCCCUCAGUGCCGGGAGAAAGCCAUGUGUAUAAAUCUUCCCGGCUUUAGAAGCAGAACCAGCAUAGCUCUUUAUGUGCAAAAGGUCACGGUGCAAAAUGCUUUUCAUGUGCUGCAGUGAUUACUAACCUCAUCAGGCUCCCUUGGUGCCAGCCUCAAGGGCUUCUGUUACAAAAGGGCUGGAGAGCUGUCAUUUCAUGGUGGGAGGUGGCGUUGUUUCUGUGCCACCACUCUGCAGGAAACAAAGGGGAGCACUUCAAAUGGAAUGGACCCCUUUCACAAAGGAGGGCAGUGACCUUGGGCUUGUUUUUAAUUGAACAGGGACAUACCACAUCUACUUUUCACAACGGUGAUGACCGGCAAGGGGUAGUAAUUCCCUGUCUAGUGUUUACAAGGGAAAGCAGCUCCCAAGAGCUUGAAGCUUAACAGGUUCACACCUGUACUGUGCCUGCAGCCUGGGACUGCCCAGCAGCUGGCGAUUGGAUUCCAAAAAUUCAAAUUGCUGAACAACUUGGCAUGGGUUUUGAAGGUCAGCACACCUGGCAGGUACACUCUGGGCAGGACCUCAGGCCUAUCUAGCUUUACUGUUUUCCACCAAAGCUGAAAAUCUCCGUUCUCCUGGCAGCCAAAGCUCUCUAAACUGCUCUUUGCCUUAGCAGAAACAGCUACCUCACUACAUAUGUGUGUGUGCUUAGGCACAUGGACCCAUGGGACCUGCAGGGAUGUGUUCUAAGAAGGAAUUGUUUGACCAGCUUUGCAGCUCUCUUGCCUUUUGGGAAACACAAAUGCUAGAGCAAACCCCUCCUGUUCCAAAGCAUGUGCUUAGCGAUCACUGUGAACGUCUCUGGGGACAGUGGGGGGCAGGCAGUGGAGAGAGGGGCAUCAGGCAUGGUGUCCCUUACCAGAGAGCAGCAGCCAACUUCAGCUAAGUCUCUUGCAGGCCCAAAAGUCAGCACAUACCUCACAGACCUGGGGAACAGCAGCACUUGUCAAGCUGGUGAUUUUGUCUCACACAGCCAUCAGCUGUAACCCUUAGGCUACAGCUUAUUUCAUGGUCCAGGAAAUGAGAUUAUCCCUAUGGAUCAGCAGUGUUUUCAGAGAAGCCUGAAAGUAUCAGCCUGACUCCUGGGGAGCUUUAUAUAAAGCUGGCAAUGGUCUGGCAAUCUCCAGAGUUAGCCCCAAUAUGGCAUUUAGCAAAUCUGCUUAACACCCCUGCAGAGAGACCUCGCAUCAUGUCAAGGAAAAGGUUAACUUGCUGCUGAAAUCCAACUCGUACCUUCAGGUUUGUUUCAUUUAUUAAAAUACACUGAAAACAGAUGAA